UUGUUCCGCGAACGAAGAACAGUUGAUUUUGCUACACACGGAAAGAAGUAGGCACGGACGACGCAAGUUGUGAAAUACAAUUACAACACGAAGCAACCACCAUUAUUCUAGAAGCGAAGGGGGUUCAGUGCAGCAGGGUUACUGAAACGCUCAAGAUCGCUCGGCUCGGCUGCGUAAGUUGAUAAAUAGAAACGAACGGAAAAAUCAGUAGGAUUGUAUUUUCAAAGCAACCCCAAGUUAAGAGAAACGACAUUUGGAUAAACGAUGGAGCAAACGAUGGAGAUCCCCACGGCUGGACCAGAAACGUACUGCCGACUCUGCCUGGGGACUGAUAACCUUCGACGGGUUUUUCGCGCUGGGCAGAAUUGCCCUCCGGAUGGAUUCGCGGAGAAAAAUGGCGUCGUUCCGAUGUUGCAGGGUGACGAGCUGCUAGAGAAAAUAGACGAAUGCACCAACAUCAAGCUAUCCCCGAGCGGGGACGCGGACUGUGCCAUCUGUCGACGGUGUCUGCAGGCGGUGGAGGAUUUCUACCACUUCCGAGUGCGCAGCAAGCGGGUGAAUGAUCUCAUCCAAGUAAACACGGUUGUUGCUGGUGGACCGGCGACGGGAACGGCUUCUUCCCCGCCUUCUUCCACCGUUUCCAAUGGCAACGAGUCACCGACGACGCUCAAAAUCGCGGUGAACCUCGGCCCAGCGGUGGAACGGCCCAAUCCAGCGAAAGCUAUCGAGGGCAUCCGACCGCACCGUUGCCGGUACUGCCCGAAAUCCUUCCGCACGCUGGCCGCCCUGACCGAGCAUGGGAACCGGGCGCACGUAAGCAACCGGCAGCACCACUGCCCGAACUGUUUGGCGCAGUUUCAGCACGCGCCCUCGUUGGCGCGCCACAUGCGAAGUAGGGCCUGCUUCGCCUUCAGCAAGUACCGGUGCCGGGUGUGCAGCGAAAGCUUUCCCGACCGGGACCAGUGGGUCGACCACAUACGGGUGCAUGCGAAGGAUUUUCCCUUCCAGUGUCCGGACUGUUGGUCGCAGUUUAAGCACAAGGCCACCCUCCGGCGUCACGCCAACACCGUGCAUCUGUUGGUGCAGUGCUGACCCAAUUGCAGCGAUCGUUAUCGGCCGGGGGCAAGAGAAAAGAAGCAAAACCCAAAGCCAUAUGUGUGUUCAAACGCGUUGCUACUGCUGCCCCGGUUCGCAACGGUUCUUAUGUGAGACCAGUGAAACGAAAACAAUAUUUUUCUAUUGCUCUCGAAAUGGUGUGAAAUGCAAACAAAUAGCGUGAACGAAGUGAACAAAAAAAAAAAUAAAAACGGCUUGCACACCACAUUGCAUGCAAUCCAUGAUGCAAGUAGGAUACGGAUAAUGUCAGGGCAGUCGAACAUAGGAUAGGAAGGGAAAUGCAGCAACCCAUGGACACCAACAGUUGCUUUCUAAAACAUCCGUUGCUGGCUGACGGAUAAAAUAUCUAGUGAAAAUAUUAGUCAGAACAUAAUGUCAUAUUUUUCUUUCGAAAAUAUUUUAUCGAUACCAAAAUUCGUGGCAUGUUUGCCAAUAAGGAAAAUAUAUGUGCACGAUAAAACAGAUU